AUCAAAAGGAGUGCCAUGCCCACUUUAUGGUGUGUACGAACACACACACCUUCCCACACAGACAUACACAGUGUCUGGUUCUCGGCUGACCGAUACAACAGGCUGAGAGCUCGCGCACCGCAUGGCUAACCAGCAGCAGUGUCGACUUGUUGCCCCGCUCGCAGUUCUACUGCUGGGAGUUGUAGGCAUUCUCCUGCUCGCCAUUAACACCGAAGACAUCAAGGAGACUCCGCAGUACAUGUAUGGCAUCGUCUUGGAUGCUGGCUCCUCUCAUACAGCGAUGUUCAUCUACAAAUGGCCUGCAGACAAACAGAAUGGCACAGGAAUCGUCACCCAGCACAGCGAAUGCCAUGUGAAGGGUGGAGGAAUAUCUAGCUAUGCAGGCCAAAAAGGAGGAGCUGCUCAUAGCCUGGAGGAGUGCAUGGAGAAUGCUGUUCAAGAAAUUCCCAAAGCCAGGCACUCUCUCACUCCAGUCUACCUCGGAGCUACAGCUGGCAUGAGACUGCUGAACAUUUCCAACCCCACUGUGUCAGAUGAGAUUUUAAAGGAAGUGGGGGACAAGCUGAAGGCAUAUCCAUUUCAUUUCAAAGGGGCCACCAUCUUGACUGGGCAAGAGGAAGGAGCGUACGGCUGGGUCACAGUGAACUACCUCUUAGAAAACUUUAUCAAAUAUGGUUUUGUAGGCCACUGGCUAUUCCCUGGCAGAAACACAGUUGGCGCACUAGAUUUUGGUGGAGCCUCCACUCAGAUUACGUUUGAGACUGGGGAAAAGGUGGAGGACAGCAACAACUUGAUGAUGCUGCGGCUUUACGGCCGAAACUACCGCAUCUACACUCAAAGCUUUUUAUGCUACGGCAGGGACCAGAUGUUACGGCAGCUGCUGGCUCACUUGGUCAAGACUCAGGGGUCGGACGGCCCCAUAGUCCACCCCUGCUAUCCAUCAAAUUAUAACGUGUCCAUGGGCCCAGAUGCCAUUUUCGAUUCCCCAUGCACAGCAAAAGAAAGACCCAUACCCUACACCGCUGAGAAGAAGCUGCAAAUACAAGGUUCAGGGAACUACGAGCACUGCUUGGGAAACAUGUCAAUGAUCUUCUCCUUCCAGGCUUGCCCAUACUCCAAGUGCUCCUUUAACAAGGUCUUCCAGCCCAACGUCAGUGGCAAGUUUAUGGCAUUUUCUGCCUUCUUCUACAUUCACUCUUUCCUGCAGAGCACUACUGGCAUCACUGUCACUACGCCCGUGCUCCUAGAAGAGGCAGCCAUCACCGUCUGCAACAUGAGCUUCCAGGAGAUGCUGGAGAAGGUUCCAGAACAGAAGAGCCGUCUGCAGGACUACUGUGCAGCCACAGUCUUCAUGCAAGUGCUCUUGCUCAAAGGCUAUGGUUUUGAUCAGCUCUCUUUUCCCCAGAUCUCCUUCCAAAAGAAAGCAGGGGACACUUCAGUUGGCUGGGCUCUGGGUUACAUGCUGAGCUUGAGCAGCCUCCUGCCGUCUGAGAGUGUGGCCCUGAGGAAGGCUCUGCGUCCAGGGGUUUGGAAUACUCUCAUCUUCCUCUUCACCGUUCUAAUCUCUGUAGCACUCCUGUCUGUCUUUCUGCUCAUGUUCCGCAAGAAGAAAGGAAGUGAUGUGGCCCUUUAAUAACAGCUACACAGCACUGUGAUUUGGCAAGCCUUUGUAAGUCAUUAAUGCACUGAAAAGGAGGUUUUACUAAAAUGUCUACAUCUAUGGAGAGAAAAACGGUAUGUCAGAUAAAAGUGAAAAACAUUUAACACUUCGCUGUUUACAUCACUAUUACUGAGUUUUUAAAAUUAGAUAAUGGCAGAGGUCAUCACUAUAUGACCUGGAGGGAGAAAAGACAGGCUUUCAGGACAAAUGAUACCUUUUUCAAACUAAAUGGACUCAUUUGUAGUUUUUAUUUUCUUGGUACCAAUAAAUACAUUCAGAGUUUUGUUCUCUGCGACAGUUGGAAGUUGUAGAAGAAGGAAUGUUUAAGUAGCAUAUGUUACAUACACUUUUUACAAGGAUUUGUAUACAGCACUUAUUUUUAGUAAUAUUUACAUUUGAAUAUUUUGUAUAUGUGAAACAUUU